CAGAGCUCUUCACGGCUACCAUUGCUAGAUAAACCGCACAAUAUACCAGCAACACCCUGGGUAUAUAUUUGCCUUCUUCCUUCGCAAAUCCCCCAACAUAACUACUACAAGCACGCACGAAGAAAACUGCGAACUCGCCAAAAAUGCCUUACAGAGCCGACUUCAGGCGCGGACCCAGGGGGAAUGGUAAAUGGGCUCGGAACUCGCUCGACCGCGUGCGUUGCGAGGCGAGGUACCUUUACGAUCAGGUCGAUCGUGAUGUCCAGUGGGAAUGGAGCGAGGGAGGUUUGGCGGCUAGCGACGCUGAGUUGUAUCGGCUGGGGAUACUAUAUGAUCAGGAGGUAGAGGAGGUUGAAGUCGCUUCCUGUGUUGGGGAGGAGGUUGGCGCUAGGAGUGAGGCCGGUGAUGACUGGUCGGUGCUGGAUGAUGGGGAGUCGGUGAUUGGGGAUUGGGAUCUUAUUAGCGAGUUGGGUUAAAGGGUUGAACCCCUUCAGCCUUUUCUCUCCUGCUUGCUGUAGUAUAUCUCGGUCUCUGGUUUCUGGCGUUUGGUUUUUUUUUAGGCCCUAUUGUAUUGUAGCGUUUUUGGAUACUUAGAGUUGGGUGGCUUUUUGGCGAGCUACUUUCUCUUCGAGGAGAGCAUCCGAUUGUCGGCAUAAUAUUGGGGCUUUGGUUAACCCUUUUUUUCAACCAA